AUGGACCCGGAGGCGGUGCGGAGGACCCUCGAGCCCACCGCUUCCGCCGCGGACAUCUCGGGCUCCACCCCUUACGACUCCUUCGUCAUCAGCGGCGUCCGCCUCGAGGCCGCCGAGCACGGCCGCGUCCUCUGCUCCUUCGUCGUCACCCCCCGUAUCGCCAGUCCCCAAGGGUACCUUCUCAGCGGCGUCACGGCAACGCUCGCCGACCAGUUGGGCUCGGCCGUGUUCUUCUCCAGCGGGGUGGGCACGAGCGGGGUCUCCCUCGAGAUCAGCGUGUCCUACGUCGACACCGCCGCCGUCGGGGAAGAAAUAGAGGUUGAGGCGAAGCUAUUGCGUGCUGGAAAAUCAGUGGGUGUUGUCUCUGUUGAUUUCAGGAAGAAAAGGAGCGGCAAAUUGAUGGCUCAGGCGCGUCAUACAAAGUACCUUGCUGUAUCUAGCAGAUUGUGA